GAAACCACUACCACUACUAGUACUACUACUACUAUAUUCCAAUUCCAUCUCUCAAAAGCUUUAUGCACUUUGCUUUUCACUCUCCCUCCUCUAGAAACUAGAAAGAAAAAAGUGCUUGUUUUUCUUUCUCUGAACAAGACUCAUACACCUUUUCCUUUUUUCCAUUUUUCAUCUUAAAUCUAUGGACACAGCUCAGUGGGCACAGGGUAAUAUUGGAUUGGUUAAACAAAUGGAUGGAUCAACAUCAAAUUCAAAACCACCAGCAUCUUUGAUAGAAAGAAGAGCAAGACCACAAAAAGAUCAAGCUAUAAAUUGUCCAAGGUGCAAUUCAACAAACACAAAAUUUUGUUACUACAACAAUUAUAGCCUCUCUCAACCAAGAUACUUUUGCAAAACUUGUAGAAGAUAUUGGACUGAAGGUGGUUCUUUAAGAAAUGUACCUGUAGGUGGUGGUUCAAGAAAAAACAAAAGAUCAACAUCAUCAUCAUCAUCAUCACCUUCAAUUUCACAAUCACAACCUCAUCAAUCUCAACCUAUUUCAUCAUCAAUAACAAAAAAUAUUAUAAUUAAUCCUGAUCUGACUACUUCUACACAUAAUCAUAAUUUUCCACAAUCUGCUUCUCAAAACCCUAAGAUCCAUCAAGGACAAGAUCUUAACCUAGCUUAUCCACCACAAACAAAUGAGGAUAGUUAUAAUAAUACUAUAUCUAAAUUUAUUGAACUUCCUUAUAGUACUGAACAGGAUAAAACUACAAGUGCUAUGGAGCUUUUGAAAACUGCUUCUUCAUCUAGGGGUUUGAAUUCUUUUAUGCCUAUGACUUUGUCUGAAGGUAGUGCAAUGUAUAAUUCAAGUGGUUUUGCUUUGCAAGAUUUUAAGCUUGGUGUUAAUUUUGGUUUAGAAGGGUUUGAGAAUGGUUAUGGUGGUUUACAAGGGAUUAAUCAAGAAGGUUCUGGUGGUGGUGUUGGCGGCGGCAGCGGUGCAAGGAUGUUGUUUCCUGUUGUGGAAGAUCAUCAGUUGAAUAAUAAUAAGCAGCAACAGCAGCAGCAAGUUCCAAAUGGUGGUGGUGAAUUUGAUCAUCAGCAUCAUCAUCAUCAGCAGCAGAACAAUAGAAAUCAAGGUGGUGAUGCAAGUGGUUAUUGGAAUGGUAUGUUAGGUGGUGGAUCAUGGUAGAUAAUUAAUUAAGAAGAAAAAGUUAUGAAGAAAGUGAUUAAUAUGAACAAGGGUUGGUGCUUUUAAUUUAGUUUAGAUCAUGUUAAUUUUAAUUUUCUUUAAAUUUAUUUUUAUCUUUUGGUAAUGUGGAUGUUGUUUGAACUUUGGAGUGAUGAUUGAUGAUCAGAACCACUAACAAAAUAGGGUACAUAGGUUUUUAUUAUUUAUAUAUGUAUGUUGUUUUGCUUUGUUUUUUUAACACUAGUAUAUGAUAUUUUAAUUUAA